UAAAGGCGGAUGCUGCAGCCGAGCGCCCGGGAAUUGAUCCGAACAAUGGUCAGCUCGGGGUGGGGGUCUCUAGCCCUGGGCGGGGUGGCGGGGUUCAGGAGCUGAGCUCCCACUGGGUGACCCCCCAGGCCCCGGCGCACCAGCUGCUCUGGCCCCAGACUCGCGCGCCAGCCUCCCGGGCGCGCACGUGCUUGGUUGGCAGCCCCCAGACUGGGCCGGGGCGCACCUCCCCGCCCUGUGGGCAGCUUCCAGCCUCCGCCUCCCUCCUGCGGGCCUGCGAUUCCCCAGGCACCCGGGUCCCCGCGUUCGUCCCUUCUGCACCCGGCCAUGAAGGUCGAGUUCGCGCCACUCAACAUCCCGCUGGCGCGGAGGCUGCAGACCGCCGCGGUGCUGCAGUGGGUCCUGUCCUAUCUGCUGCUGGCGCAGGCAUGUGUUGGGAUCAUAGCAGUGCUGAUCAUACACAACUACUGGUUCCUCUAUGUGCCCUAUUUGACCUGGCUCUACUUUGACUGGCGCACCCCAGAGCAAGGGGGCCGGAGAUCCAACUGGGUCAGAAGCUGGACCGUUUGGAGAUAUUUUAAGGACUAUUUUCCAAUUCAUCUUAUCAAAACCUGGGACCUGGAUCCGUGUCACAAUUAUAUAUUUGGCUUCCACCCCCAUGGAGUGCUUGUGGCUGGAGCCUUUGGGAAUUUCUGCACGGAUUACUCGGCCUUCAAGGAGCUCUUUCCCGGCUUCACUGCGUAUCUCCACGUGCUCCCGUGCUGGUUCCGGUGUCCGCUCCUCCGAGAGUAUCUGAUGAGCACUGGGCCGGUGUCAGUGUCUAAGAAGAGCGUGUCCCAUGUGCUGAGUAAGGAGGGAGGUGGUAACAUCUCGGUCAUUGUCCUCGGGGGCGCUGAGGAGUCGCUAGAUGCCCAUCCUGGGAAGUUCACGCUGUUCCUUCGCCAGCGGAAAGGCUUUGUUAAAAUCGCAAUGAAGCAUGGUGCUUCAUUGGUGCCGGUUUUCUCCUUUGGGGAAAACGAACUGUUUAAACAAGUCAACAACCCCGAAGGCUCGUGGCUUCGAAGGGUACAGGAGAAGUUCCAAAAAGUCAUGGGGUUUGCUCUGCCACUGUUCCACGCCAGAGGGAUUUUUCAGUACAAUUUUGGCAUCAUGCCCUAUCGGAAACCCAUCCACACUGUGGUCGGCCGCCCAAUCCCGGUUCUUCAGACUCCACACCCGACCCCAGAGCAGAUUGAAGAGUUGCAUCAGACCUAUCUGGAGGAGCUGAGGAAUUUAUUUGAGGAGCACAAAGGGAAGUAUGGUAUUGCAGAACACGAAACCCUCAUUUUUAAAUAGGGCACCCUUAGGAGGCAGAUGGAGGGUGACAGGAGGUGCCAUUGGAAGAAUAAAUAUUUUCAACGUUAA